UAUGAUUUCUGUGUUUCUCUUGAAGAUCCAAUUAAACUUCUUGGCAUAUUUAUAUGCCAAUUUACAUUAUUAAAGUUCUUUUCCAGUAUGACACAACAUUGAAAUUUCAGGUUCCAAUAAUAGGGCUGGUUAUGGGCGAAAGAGGUUUGAUGUCACGGAUACUUUGCCCCAAGUUUGGUGGAUAUCUCACUUUUGGUACACUUGAGGCUGGAAAAAUAUCAGCUCCUGGGCAGCCAACAAUCAAAGAUUUGUUGGACUUAUACAACUUCAGACAGUUGGGACCUGAUACAAAAAUAUAUGGACUUCUUGGGAAGCCUGUGAGUCACAGCAAAGGGCCUUUUCUGUUCAAUGCAGCAUUUAAGGCGGCCAGUUUUAACGGUGUUUAUAUGCCCUUAUUGGUAGAUGAUGUUGCAAAAUUUUUUGAUGUCUACUCUUCCCCUGAUUUUUUCGGAUUCAGUUGUACAAUUCCUCACAAAGAAGAUGCACUUAAACGCUGUGAUGAGGUUCAUCCAGUUGCCAAGUCCAUAGGAGCUGUUAAUACGAUUAUUAGGAGAUCAAAUGAUGGAAAAUUAUCUGGUUACAAUACUGACUAUGCUGGUGCUAUUUCAGCUAUUGAGGAUGGACUAAGAGGUUUACAUGAUAUGCACAAUACAAUUGCUUCACCUUUAGCUGGAAAACUCUUCAUAGUCAUUGGAGCAGGCGGUGCUGGUAAGGCACUUGCCUAUGGUGCAAAAGAAAAGGGAGCAAGAGUUGUAAUUGCCAAUCGCACUUACAGUCGAGCCAAAGAACUUGCUGAUAUGGUUGGAGGAGAUGCCUUGUCUCUUGAUGAACUAGGUGAUUUCCAUCCAGAGAAUGGGAUGAUCCUUGCAAAUACAACAUCUAUUGGAAUGCAGCCAAAAGUUGACGAGACACCUAUACCUAAGAAAGCUCUGAGCUCCUACUCCCUAGUUUUUGAUGCUGUUUACACACCAAAAAUCACCAGGCUCCUACGGGAAGCAGAAGAAUCUGGAGUAACUAUUGUUACUGGGCUGGAGAUGUUCAUCAGGCAGGCAUAUGAACAAUAUGAAAAAUUCACUGGGUUGCCUGCACCGAAGCAACUAUUUAGAGAAAUCAUGGCAACAUAUGCCUGAAGGAGUUCUGUUUGUUUUACCCAUUACGAGCCUGCAGCACACCCCUAUUCAAGUUGCAGUUGCCUAACUUGAUUUCUGGUUGUACAAGAACUGUUUAUUUUGUUGUACCAUCCAAUUUAUCAUUUCAGUUAUUAUUUGGGGAAUGACCAUUUUUCAUAUCAUCUUAUGAAAUAAUGUUUGGGAAAUGAGCCCGUUUCAUUGUUGUUAUCGAAAGGAGAACCAAUUAGAUCUGUAACCACUUCAUUCUAUGAAA